AUGGCUUCAUUCCGACUCCAGGGAUUCCAAUCCGUCCUCCGGGGCAAGUCGCACCUCCUGCGCAGCCCGCAGCGCCGAUGGGCUCAGGUCCACGAUGUGCGCUUCCUCGCCUCGCACCAUGACCCCAAGUAUGUGAUGGACAAAUAUCGGUCGAAGCUCGACCAGAAGGCCAAGGAAGAGGGCCAUGAGUCAGUCGAAUCCCUGAAGGAGGCCUACAGCGACAAGAUCCAAGAUCUCCGCCGCAAAGCAUCCACCGUCGCAACACCAGAGCCCAACACCGUGGUACCAGAAACCCCCAAAGCCUUCCACCCCCCUCCUCCUCCGCAAGACCAGUCUGCCACCGAGCACGCUGCCCGCAAAGUCUCCGGCAAGACCAGCCCCAUCAAGCCGCUCAGCACCUUCCUCGACGUCGAGAAGUUCCGCGAUCUUCCCCCAAAGGAAGUCGAAGCGCUCUGGCGUCUUCGCCACGCUAAUAGCCCGACGUCCAUCUGCGCCGUGAUUCCUCUGGAGACAUACCAGCGCAUUGUCUCCGCCGCCAAACACAACCCGCAAUUCGUCCUCCCUCUCCCCCGCCAGAUCCCCACCGAAGAAGCGCAGGCCAAGGGAACCGAUGAGACGCAGAGUGCCGCGGAGAUGCACUUCCUCCAGUGGGCAUUCCACCCUCCCGCCGAGGACUUUGUUGCUCCGCCCACUGCUUCUGGUGAGACGGUCAACAACCACACCUCCACAGUGAUCUUUACGAACCUUGGCGCCUUCAAGAUGCAUGGUACGUAUGCCCAGCCACACACGACUGUCACGCACUACCUGGACCUGGCGGAUGAGAAGGGCCUGGUCCUCAUGCUUGGACAGGUUGUGCCUGACCGUGGUGUCUCGACUUCCGAGGCUACUUGGCUGGUAAGCUGCGUGCAGCGAUUCUAUGAUUUCGGUGGCCAGGCUAGUGGACGGAAGGGCGAGUUGGUGCGGAUGUUUACCAAGGGUGAUGUUGAGAACUUCAAGGUUGAGGAGCUCCUUGAGGAGAGUGAGCGGAUCAACUAG